AUGCACUACCUCAAGCCCAUGCUAUGCCUACUCGCAGCCGCCUCGGGUGCUGCAGUACUUAACUUUGGUCAUUCCUUCGGCGACCCGGGUGUCGCAACGCAAGAAGAGAAGAGAACUGAACUGAACUCGAUGCCCCUUCCUAUUAUUGCCAUCCUGGACGGGCCAUCUUGGCGCUAUGAUGAGAGCGGGGUCCAUGGGGCGCACGAGAAAGCACUCGGUGCUCUGAGUGGCACACGCUGGAAGGCAACAGACGACCUGGAGCCCACCCAUCUCACUCUAUACGACAUCACUUCGAAUGUCGCCUCGCGCGUCGAUUUUGGCUCGGAGCAAAGCAUCCUUCAUCAGCUCUCGCCGAGUGGAGGCCGCCCUGCCCAGUACUGUAAACCUCUCUUGUCGAGCACGCACCCAUCCACGACGCCCCAGCAGCUACCGGGAAAGCACCUCCUUGCCGUUUGGGUCGCUGUAGAGCUGGGGAAGAAGGAGAUGUUUGUCGAUUGGUACGAGGGAGAGCACAUGCCGAUGCUUGAGAAGGUUCCCGGGUGGCUUUGCGGGCGGCUGUACACAAUCUCGGGUGAUGAUUCGCUUGGGGUGCAUCCCGAGGGCAGACCAGAGUAUCACUUUCUCGCUCUGCAUCAGUUCUCGGAGGGAGGGUUUAUGGAGACGAAGGAGCUAAAGGCGUCGCAAAAUACCCCAUGGAUGGAGAAGGUAGUGGAGCAUAUUACUGGCAAGGACCUGCGUCUGUUCGAGCGUGACAUUGUGUACGAGAGGAUUACCAGUCGGUUGUAGAAUACCUGUUACUGGUUAAGUACCGCAAAUUAGUACAGAGAAAGGUACUUAGCGCUGUUUCCGUCUUCUUGCGAUUGUGGUGGCAGAAAACUAGAAUUGCGGCAUUUGCCGGCCAGUUGUGGGUGCUUUA